AUCCUUUCUUGCUUAACCUCUCACUCAAAGCAGCUCUAAAAAUGGCUCGGGGAAGGGACAGUGCAAGUCCAGCCACACUCACUGUGGCUGCACUAGUUUGCCUAAUGGCUAUCACCCACCAUGUUCAUGCAGCAACUUACACUGUUGGAGGCAGUGGUGGUUGGACUUUUAAUGUCGAUAGUUGGCCCAAAGGCAAACGCUUUAAAGCUGGUGACACACUAGUAUUCAAUUAUGAUGCAACAGCCCACAACGUGGUAGCUGUGAACAGAGGAGGUUACAGCAGCUGUAGUGCUCCAGCAGGUGCAAAAGUGUACAAAUCAGGGAAAGAUCAAAUUCAACUGGUGAAGGGACAAAACUACUUCAUAUGCAGCGUUUCUGGGCACUGUCAGUCUGGAAUGAAGAUUGCUAUUAAUGCUGCAUGAAGUAAAAGCUCAGAUUAACUACAGCUUUAGGGUUAUCUCCCUCGUAUACACAUAUACGUAUAUAUAUGGACUAGUACUGUUAUUAAUGUACGUGUGAGAGUGGCUUAUUAAACUUGUGUGUAUGUCUUUUCCUUCACAGAUCUUUGGAAUCCUAUGUUACUGUUCAGAGUUAAUAAAGUCUUCUGGAUUGUGUCCUACGGGCCUAAA